CUUUACAAAAAAAUCUUCUCUAGAAGUAUGGAAAAAAUGAAUUUUAACUUUUUUAUUUUAUAAAUUUUUUUAUAAAAAAGGUGGGGGUCUAGUUCCCCAAUAAAUUAAAAUGAAAUUGACAACUUUUUAAUUUUUAUUUUAUUUCUUUAGAAAUAUGGAAAUAAUAUAUAUAUGAAUUACAUGGGUGUUUAUUAGAGAUCCUCCGAGGAUUCUUCUCUUCCUCACAAUCCCACCAACCUCUCUCCUUGCCUUUGAUCACUCAUUUCUAACCUCUCCUAAACCUUCUCUUAACCAGCUCCAAUGGCUGCCGCUUCCUUUCUUCUUCCCUAAAACUUGUGCAUUCUAAAUGCUGCUAAGGGCAGGAUGGCCUUCCGGAGCUCCUCUUUUUUCUCACUCCUUGGCCUCCUGUCUCUCUUCCCCAUCCUCAUCCACCCUUCCACCACCUCCUCCGCCCCCAUCACCACCGCUGGCAUCCGCCUUGGCAUCGUCCGUAAACCCUCCCCGGACGUCAUCCCUCCCCCUUUCCGGGAAGCCCCAGCUUUCCGAAAUGGCGAAACAUGUCGUUCCCCUGAUGACAAUCAAAGGAUUCAUGUUGCCAUGACCCUCGACGCCAAUUAUCUCAGAGGCACCAUUGCAGCCGUCUUGUCCAUCCUCCAACACACAACUUGUCCAGAAAACAUCGUCUUCCAUUUCCUCUGGGCCAGGUUUGAACCCGGGAUCUUUUCCAGCAUCAAAACCACCUUCCCUUACCUCAAUUUCAAGGUCUACCGCUUCGACGCCAACCGUGUUCGAGGCAAAAUCUCCAAGUCCAUUAGACAAGCUCUGGACCAGCCUCUCAACUAUGCCAGAGUCUAUCUGCCGGACAUUAUUCCAACAGAUGUCAACCGUGUCAUCUACCUUGACUCCGACCUCGUUGUGGUGGACGACAUUGCCAAGCUCUGGGAGGUCAAUUUGGGUGACAAGGUCUUGGCUGCACCCGAGUACUGUCACGCAAAUUUCACCAAGUACUUCACGGAUGCGUUUUGGUCCGACCCCGGUAUGGCGCAGACGUUCCGGGGCAGGAAGCCAUGUUACUUCAACACCGGAGUAAUGGUGGUGGACGUGGAUAAGUGGAGACAAGGAGGGUAUGCUCAGAAGGUUGAGGAUUGGAUGGUGGUCCAAAAGCAGAAGAGGAUAUACCAUUUGGGGUCAUUGCCACCAUUCUUGCUUGUUUUGGCGGGAAACAUCAAGGCCAUUGAUCAUAGAUGGAACCAACAUGGUUUGGGUGGUGACAAUGUUGAAGGGAAAUGUAGAGGACUCCAUCCAGGACCAAUCAGCCUACUCCAUUGGAGUGGAAAGGGCAAGCCAUGGUUGAGGUUGGACUCGAGGAAGCCCUGCACAGUCGAUUAUCUGUGGGCUCCUUAUGAUCUCUACCGUUCAUCAAAGCACGCUUUUGAAGAAUGAAGGGACAAACUAUAGAUUUGGGGAUUUUGGAGAACAAAAUGAUGAUAUAUUAUAUUAAUAGAAGUCCUAAAAAAAUUAAAAAAAAAUUCAAGUACUUAAAUUUUAUUCAUUUUGAAGAGGGGGAAAGAGAGGAUUGUGUGUUUUUUCAUUAGGUGUACGUUUAAAAAAGUAAGGGGCCAGUGAGGUAUGCUUAAGGGGUUUUCAAUGGGGGAGAAGCAUGGAGGAAGAAGAUUUUGAGUUUUGUUAUUUGUUAAUUUCAACAAUGGCAGGAUGAUGAUUUUGUUCCAAGGGUCCUCUAUCCAUCUCAGAUUGUCCAUGUCCCUCUGAUAACUCUAUAUCUAUAUAUUAAUAUCUUUAAAAAUAUCCCAUCUAGUAUGUGAUUAAGUUCAAUCAUGCUUCUGUCUUGGGUAUGUUUUUUUUUUUGGUUUAGAUUCUUUGUUUUCUUGUUGUCUUUGGACCUCCAUCCUCUCUUGUAGUAAUAUAUAAUUUAAUUGAUCCUCCACAUUUAAUUCAGGGACUAACUUUGUUUACCAUAUACUACUACUAACAUGGUUAUGAUGAUUAUUUGAAUUUUGAGUCGAAAUAGAUGUCAUUUUUACGGAUGGUUGAGGGUCUCA